CCCGCCCCCCCCCCGCUCCACGGGCCCCGGGGCUCCGCCCGCCUCGGUGGCAGGCGAGCGCACAGGCGGCUGGCGCGCAGCUCCGGGCGCCCUCUCUUCAGUCCUCUGGCCGCCUGGUUCCACAGAGUGGCCCGGACCUGGAGCGGCGGCUAGGACUCCCUUCCCGCUCCCUCCCUCUCUCCGCCCCCCUCCGCCCGGCCCGACUCCCGGAUCUCGCCGAAGACAAUUGCAGUAAAUGAGGACAUCUGAGGAGCACGGAGCCGGGUGGCUGUGGCUCGCUCCGCCGCGCCGCGAUCGGGCGAGCGCGCGGGCGUCCCCGGAGCCGGCCGAGCCACUGCCUCCCCGCGCGCGUCGCUAAGCAGGAGCCGGAGAGACUCGAGCUGCGGCUAGGGGGCCGGGCGGGCCGGGCGGGCCGGGCCCGUGGCAGUGGAGGGGGCGGGCGGCGGGCACGCAGCUGGCCAAGUCCCCGGAGCCGAGCCUCCUUCAGCGCGAGCCCGGCGAUCCUUGCCGUGGAUGCUCUGCCCGGAGUGCUCCGUGCCGCGCCAGGCUUGCCAGGGUCCGCGGCAAGACAUGCCCGAGCCAGGCGCUGCACCGACCUCCACUUAUCAGUAAGCAGCCAAAGGCACCAUGGUCAGCAAGGACUCCAGUAGAUGCAUACUCACGACACCAGAGCAGGAAGUAGAGCCAGCUGCCUGUCUGGCCCUGGAGAUGAGAUAUGCCCUAGACCCCAACCGGCAGAUCAAAAAGCGGAACAAAGCCCUGCAGGUGCGCUUUAAGGAUAUCUGUGAGGCCCAGAAUGAGCAGAGGGACACACAGCUAUCUUCAGGACCUCUGGGGGAGAAGCGAGAGGCCAAGGCCGUGUCCUGUAGGGCAGCAUACCGUAAGUAUAUGACAGUGCCCGCACGCCGAUCCAUUCCCAAUGUCACCAAGAGCACGGGUGUGCAGACCUCACCAGACCUUCGCAAGUGUUACCAGACAUUCCCGCUGGACCGCAAGAAAGGCAGUCUCAAAGGCCUGCCAGCUGAAGAUGCCUUCAAAAGCCAGAACAAUGGGUUUCUAGCAGAUUCAAAAGAGAAGAGCGAGGCAGGACCCAUGGAGGACCCCCAGCCUUGCAGUGCAGGAAGGAUUCACAAGACCACAGCAUUGGUUUUCCAUUCCAACGAGCAUGUGAAUGCACUGGACCAACCUUCUGGGGUCAACUGUGCAGAGCUCUGCAAGACUCCAGACAUGCUUGGCUACCCUGAAGCUCUAUUGCAGAACUCUCGGCCUCCCUCUGAGGAGCCCAUCCACCAGCUGCAGGGGAGAGCUAAGCUGGACAGGAGCACCCUGGACUCAGAGGAGUCCACUCCGCUUACCCAUGGAAGGGUGUUUAAAACAGAGGUUGCCACUGUGUACCCGCCUGCCAUCAGUACCAGGGCCCCUGAACCUGGCUUGUCAAACUCUGCUGCUGCCAGCCAAUGGUCUCUCUGCCCUGCAGAGGAGGAGCAGAGGAGGGCUGCCCACCUCAAUGGACUGCAGGCAUCCUCGGGCUCUGCUCUGGCCUGCUCACCCCCAGUGCAGUGCCUGUCCCCAGAAUGUAGUGAACAGCCCCUGCAGAACCAGCCCAGCCCCACAGCUGGGGUGGGGGAUGAAGAACACCAUCAAAUUGUGCCUCACACAGAAGUGGUAGACCUCAAGGCCCAGCUGCAGGUGAUGGAGAACUUAAUCAGCUCUAGCCAGGAGACCAUCAAAAUGCUGUUGGGAGUCAUUCAGGAGCUGGAGAAAGGAGAGGCCCAUCGGGAAGGGCUUUCAUAUCGGACGGGGCAAGACACAGCUAAUUGUGACACGUGCAGGAACAGUGCAUGUAUUAUCUAUAGUGUAGAGCUGGAUUUUAAGCUACAGGAGGACAAGCUUCAGCCUGUGCUGAGAAAACUGCACCCUGUUGAGGAAACUCAGGUCAUCCCUUCGCCUUACGCUCAGGAGACUUACUCCUCCACGCCCAAGCAAAAAUCUAAAACCGAGUCCAAAAAGCAUGGAAGGUGGAAACUCUGGUUCCUCUGAGACUCGUGGGCUUGGGAGUCCCCAGGCCGUCUUUCCAACCCACUGCGAAUUAAGUCAGUCCUUUUCCAAAACGGAUAGGAUCAAGGGCACGGUGGUGCCGACGCGUGCUCCCUGCUUCUCGCCCUGCGGCGUACCAAAAAGGCCUUCGCACCAACAUAGAAUUAGCAGCGAGGGAGUGACUGUCACCCCUUGCCAGCUGUCCUUUGCAGUUCGCUGGUGUGGGGUGUAAAGUCUGAAAUAAAACUAUGUAAUCAAAGAUAAGGAAAAACUCUAACCCCUGGCACCCUCCCACUCCCCCUCAAUCUAUGAACAAGUAUUGAGUUAUCGGCGUUCCACGAGCCAGGCUGUCCCUCUGCAGACAGUGGAACUUUCCAUUAUUUUUGGCCUUUUAUUAUUAUUACUUUUUUUUAUUUUUUAUUUAUUUAUUUAUUUUUUUUUUUAAGGAAAAGAGAAAGCAAGCCUCCUAUCGGCAAAGGACUUCAUUUUUACCUUUCGUUUUGCAAAUAAGCAGGGGGCGAGUGCAGUUUUCAGCACAUUUAAUUCCGGAGAAAGCACAAUUUUUUUCAAGUGGUCGGAGACCAUGAAUAAUCUCGAAAAUGUGACUCUAUGUAUAUCUGCCUUCGUGUGCUGUAGCGCUAAGCCAAGUGACCACAUCUCAGUGUCACAUUGACACCACAGAUUUAGCACCCUCUUCAUCUCCAGAUGGACGACAUGUUUACUGCUCAUUUUCCAAAUGGCCAGCAGCCAGGAACCACCCCUCCCCCAGCCCCGAGUCAGGAUAUGCCUUCAAUCAUUGCAAGCUGACAGGGUCAGAGCUAAUGGACACUAAGCUUUCUUAGGUCUUGUUUUUUUUAAUCUUUGGGUACCCAAAGGCCAAAUGAUGAAUCUGGCAAGAAUUUGAAAAGAGACAAAGAUACACAAUGGGUAAUAUAGUUACCUAUAAAUUACUGGUGCCUGGGCCGCAGCAGAAAGUGUCUUUGCGGUCAGUCCCCAGAGACGCUCUUUAUCCCUGAGCCGCAGCCAGGUGUUUUAUAUAGUUCUUUCUGCUUUGUCACUACUGUGCAAGAUCUGACCAUCUCAGAGAGAAACAGUGUGUUUCCCUUCGCUGCUACCAAUGGCCAAACUUACCAUCGCCUACAUUUAACCUAUCAGUAAAUUGUAUUAAAUGGCAUACUUAGGGGAAAGCUGUGAAUCCAAAUGUUUUUAGGCAUUUUUUAAAUCCGCCGUCACACACAAGAGUUCUCUCUUGAUUACACACGACAAUGUAAACCUCCACUCCUUUAUUUGUCCCUCAUUUCUCUGCACCUUUACAAGUAUCUUUUUUAUAGAAAACAAAAUCCUCCUGUGAGUUAAUGAUGUCUCUCAGUGUUCUGCUUCUCACAUAGGAAGUGGGGGGGGGGUCUUCUUUUGCCUUUUAUUUAUCUUUCUUUUUUGUAUAACUUAAGAUUUGAAUAGAGCAUACCAGAAAAACCUGGUCUUCAGUAUCUGUCCAGCACUCUCAGCUGGAACUCCAGGCUGGUGGCAGCCUCCUACCCGUGAUGGCAAACCCACAGCAGUUCAGUUUGGGGAGAGGGUCAUGGCCUCCUUUUGAUGGGUAGGGGCUAAGGCUCACCAUGCUUUUCCUCUGGACACAACAGUUACAUUAAGUUCUAAACAUUUGAGUUAUACAAGGAUCUAGAGAUCAGCAAUCAGAUCUGGUCUUUAAAAGGAAAAAAAAAAAGCUAAAAUAAUAUUUUGUGUGAAUACUCUUUGGGGGUUACUCAAACCACACUACAGAGGUAUGCUUAAUUUGAAAUGCACACACAUACACACACACACACACACACACACACACACACACAUA